UUUAGAUACUAGAAUUUGUUGGGUGUGGUAUGGGCAAACCCAACCCAAGUAAAGAGCAGGAAGAUAGUGGCCGGCCCGGAGUAGAUGAGAUCUACACUAGUCUGUAGUCUGCAGAAACACCACUAAUAGUAAUGGAGCAGCACUGACUACUAAGCAAAGUAAUUGGAGUAUUGGUUGAUUUGUUGAAGAAGGGAGGACGAAGAGGAUCAAUUUAAAAAUUUUAAGCUAAUCAAUAUAAAUAGGUAUUCAAUCUUCCCCUGAGAUGAACCUCUCAUCGUUGGCCUCUUCAUUUUUGGUGUGCUCCGUCUCCUCUGAUACCAGUCGCCCAUUAACAACAACCUUCGCCGCCAACCAGUUGUGCCUGGGACCGGGACCCAUCAUCAGAUUAAAAUCCCUCCGCACUGCAACUCAGAUUCCCAAGAGGAGGACAAUCCACCGUCACCGCUCAUUCCCGUUCAUGGCUUCCUCCGGGGGUGGUGCCGCCGCGGCUGCUACUGCUACCUCACCCAAGUGGGCUCAGAAGACUAUUACCAUCCCUCCACAGAGGCGAGGCUGUCAUCUUAUCACCUCCAAGAUUUUGAAGGAAAUUGGGCAAGACUUGUCAGGCUUUAAAUGUGGUCUUGCACAUCUUUUCUUGCAGCAUACCAGUGCUUCAUUGACCAUUAAUGAGAACUAUGACUCUGAUGUUCGAGAUGAUACUGAGACAUUUCUGAACAGGGUAGUUCCUGAGGGAACUUCAGCUCCAUGGAAGCAUACAUUGGAAGGUCCAGAUGACAUGCCCGCUCACAUCAAGUCAUCAAUGUUUGGCUGCACCCUGACGAUACCAAUUACCAAUGGAAAGCUUAACAUGGGAACUUGGCAGGGAAUAUGGCUGUGUGAGCACCGUGACUUUGGUACUGCUCGUCAAAUUGUGGUUACCCUCAAUGGCCUUUAAGCUGCUGUUAUAAAUGCAAAUGAAGCUUGAGAUAUUAUUUGUGUGCACUCAUGCAAUGGGAAUGACAAGCAUUUUGGGCAAAUUCUGUUUGAUAUAUGACAGCAUCUUUGUGGGAACUAGGGAUCCAAAGAUUAGCUUAUUAUAUGCAGACAGGGUGGCGGUUUAUCUGCAUGAAAGCAUGUUCAGAUACCUAAAAUAGCCACAGCAUGUGAUGUACGAUAACGUUAUAACGAGAACAAAAUGGGGGAAGUGUGUGUGUGUUUUUUUUUUUUGGGUCAUGUAGUAGAAAAUAUUAGGCCCUGUUGGGCGUAGAGUAGGAGGUGCAGGUAGGUGUUGGAUGAGGAGAGAGCAGCACAGCAUUGUUACUAUUGUUGUACUCUAUUAGGAACGCAGAUCGCUGUCAUCAUUCUCUUGAACUCGUCAAAGCUAAAGAAAAAAAUCUCCAAACUCUUGGGGUGAUGUGGCCAGUGUUUUCCUUGUUGUACACAUCCCAAUGGCCUCCGCUGGCUCAUAUCUCUCCUGCCCCUCCCACAAGCAGUGCUAUCUUUCUAUUUUUCUGACU